CAUUUUUCAUUUUAUGAACAGUCUUAUAAGUAUCAAGAUAUCGUCCGCGAAUCUGGUGAAAAUUAAUUGAUGAAUUGUGUAAAAUAAGUGGAUAAAAUCACAAUUAGACCAUCCAUUGAUAAAAAAUUGUACUCGUUAAAAUUUAUACCAUUAAGUGCACUAGUAAAAUAUUUGUGGAUUGUAUAAAGUGAAUCUUUAAAAAAAAAAUUGAAAACUUUCAAGCAGCAUAAAAAUAUAAAAAAAAUAACUUUUCAUGUGUUGGAUUAUUUUCGAUCAUUUUAUUUAACGACAGCUAUUUUUCCAGCUUAUUGGAUUUAUCAUAAAAGACUUGACCCGUGUUUGGAAUUAUCAACAGACAUAAAACUCUAGUGUAGAUUUCAGCUUUAUUCCAUCAUAAACUGCGUUGAGUGCAUAUUAUAAUUGAAAGAAUUUAAUAAAUGAAGAAAAAAAAUUAAAAAGUGCUUUAAUAAGUGCAUAAAAUAAAAAUAAGCGUGAUUGCAAAAAAAGAUAUAAAAUUGUCAACAAAGAGGCAACCAAAAGUAUUUCUCAAAAAAAAAAUAAGUGUCAGUAAAAAGUGUUUAAUCCAUCCUCUGCAAUUGCAGAAUUUGUGGAAUUAAUAAAUUGCAUCAUUUAAUUUAUUAAACACGUGCGCCAUCAAAAAGCUAUUUGAGAAAUCUACAUUAUCAUAAUCAACGAAAUCGAUAGAAACAACAGACAUCAUCAAUCAGGCAUAUCAAGUUUUGAUAUUGUUAACAUAAAUGUAAUUUUUUAACAUCAAAAUUUAAGUCGAGAAAAAAAGAAAGAAAAAUCUUGCACAAAAGAGGAAGCUUCAUUUAAGGAUCAUUUUAUAAUAACGAGUAGAUUUACAAUAUAAUCGAAUUAAUGCAGUACAAAAGUUGUAUGCUUUGCAAAAGAAAACAGAACUAGAGGAAACCGAAAGAAAAAUGAAAGAGAAAAUUAUUCAACAUUUUGAUUAAUUGAGUUUACUCGUGUUCAUCGUCAAUUAAUUUUCAACAUCGCUGUUGGCUUUUAUUUCAACUGUGUUCUUAGAACUUAUAAAUUUUUUGUGUGUCUGCUCUAAUUUCUCUCCAUCGUCAUCAUCGCUGAAUAUUUUAGAAGAGCCCUUUGGCAAAUAAGUGAAACGAUAGGAUAAAAAGUUGGGUUGACGGCAAACACAGCACGCUUCCAGUAAGCAAAUUAAGAAGAAGAGAGACAUUACAACUGGGAUAGGAAAAAAUAAAAUUUAAAUUAAUUUGAAUAUUUCCGACAUUCACUGCUACGAAAAAUAAAGGAGUCACAAACAAAAUGAUUUUUAAACGACGAUUUAACGCAACAUUUAUAGUAUUACUAUUCAGCACAAUGGUGGCGUCAGAAAGAAGAGGAGAGGAAUAUAAAGUCAACGUCGAUGACUUACAAGUCGUUUAUUCUGAUCCUCCGGAAACUGUCAUCACGCCACCAUCACGUUAUCUUUAUAGCAAAGAAAUAGCACAAUGUCCAUCAGGCGAAAGCAAAAUGAUGCUGACACUUUUACUUCAGUCACAUAAAUGGAGCGAUGUUGGUGAAAAAAAGAGAGAAAAGGCCAUUAAAAAGAUGUCACGUUUCUUCCAUGUACCAGUGAAUUACAUCAAAGUCGAUGACGUUCACACACCCGAAAUGCUUGAGAUGCUUAAACACUCAAUCAAUAAGAGUAAUAAUCUCCUUAAUACCAAAGAAACUGUUGGAAGAAUAGAAUUCCCAAUUGGUUGUGGUGAUAAAUUAUUUUCAAGUAGUAAAUCCGUUGCACAUAAAAUCAAUGAAUAUGUGAAAUCUAAAAAGUUGCAAGAACUUUCGGGUCUUCCAUUCCACUGGUGGAAUAUUUGGUCGAAACAUUUAAAGAGUCGUGUGCAAAGGACUAGACGACAAGCUGAUGGAUCUGGAGAAGGCGAAGGAGAUGAUUAUGAAGAUUAUGAAGAAACUGAUCAGGAUCUUGAAGAAAACGAAGACGAAAACACCCAAGAUACAUUGCCGGACAAUGUACAAAGUUACAACAAUCAGCGAAAGAAAUUCUCAAGGAAUGAAGUAACGACUGAAGUAUUAUCAACUCCACAAACAGCUCAUCGGCAUGAUGAUGAGCUGCCAAUUGUAUCUGAGAUUGAACAUAAUGAGGAGAUGGAGAAAAGUCAUGAAAGUGAUAAUGGCAGUAAUAAUGUGGAGAGACAAAAUUUCGAUACAGACUAUCAGAUUUCACCCGAAGAAGACUCGAUGGUUCCAGUUGAAGAGGAAGACGUAGAAAUAAAAGAAGAAAUAUCAAUACCAGGUCCAAUUAAUGAAAUUGAAGAAAUUACUCAACGCACAAGUGAUAGCGCACCAACGCCAAUUGGCUCAAAUGAAAUAUUGAAAUUGGAGAAUGACGUUGCAAAAACAAUUGAGAAUGACAAUAAUGUAGGUGAUGUUCCACCACAAUCAAAACAGCCAGAUGAUAAAAUUCUUGAGGAAUGGGCACAAAAUGUCUUUUCGCAUGCUCCAAAAGAUGAAGUUACAUCAAGCAGUGAAAUACAAUCCACAAUAUUAAUAAGUACAACAACAGAGAAUUCUCGGGAUCAUUAUCAUGAGAAUGUCCCACUUGAAACAACAAUGAAAAAGAUUGUUGAGGAAGCCAUUGAAUGGCACCAAGAAAUUCAAUUAUCGACAGUUGAUAUCGAAGAAAUAUUAAAAGAAACAUUAGCAAGUACGAUUGGAAUGGCAAGCCCAACAAUAAGCAAUGCACAACAACCAGAAUCAGAAACAAUUUUUGCUCCUAUAAAUAAUACCUAUAAUGAACACAUUAAUGUGUUUAUUGAUGAAAAAUUACCAAUUGUUCCAUCUACGACAAUUGCAAUGCCAUCAACGACAUCAAUUGAACAGGAAUUUAUAUCGACUGUGGAAAGUGUCACGGAACAUAUAAUGCCAACAUUCUCAUCAUCACCAUCAUCAUCAAUUUCAUAUGAAACGACUAUAACGAAAAAUCCAACUAUAACAACAAUAAAUUCAGCUGAAAUAACAACAAUAACCAGUACUGAGCCAUCCAUAACAGAAACAACAACAACAACCCUUAGAAAUGUAGAUGCGACAAUUGCACAUGUCGUUUCGGUGGAUAAGGUCACACCUUCAACAACAUCUACAUUAGCUCAUGGCUCAGAGAAGAAAUCUGAAGAAGAGUCAAAUUACGAUGAUGAAUAUGAUGACGAAGAUGCUAAUCAUGACGAUGAUACUUAUGAAGAAUCAUUACCAACGGAAAAACCCACAACAUCAUUCCGCACAACAGUUGCUGCCAGAACAACCAGUGGAAAUGAACUAAGAACGCCACCUCCACUUAUUGUGACACCACAGGAUGACGAUGAUGAUGAUGAUCAAGAAACAGAAAUUGAUGAAUCAAUAAAACAAUUAUUAUCAUCUUCAUCUUUACCGCCUACCACAACGACACAAAUUCCGACCACAACAACAAGAACCACGACACUUCCAUCAACAACUUUGCCAAUCACAACAACAACAGUUCAAAUCGUAGAGUUUACAUCAGAGGCUAGUGAAAAUAAUGCAGAAUUACCGGAUGCAAAUGAACCAACAGAUUAUGAUUAUCCUGAAAAUCAGAAGCCAUAUGUUGCAAAAAGAUUGAAUAAACUACAAGCCACAUCUGGUAAGACAUUUACACAUAAAAUUGAAGGAGUUUUCAACGACCAAGAAGAUGGAACGAAACUUAAUAUUGAGCUUUUGGAUAAGAAUAAUGAUACAAUAUCUUCAAAUUCAUGGAUUAGAUACAAUCCAAAAACAAAAGAGCUUUAUGGUCUUCCACUUGAGAAUGAUGUUAGUAAGCAUGAAUUUAAGCUUCGUGCAACAGAUAACAACAGCGAGCAUGUAGAUGAAAUUGUCGAUAUUACAGUUCAUCAGCACAAAACUUUAAGAAGCGUUAAUCAUGAAAUUUAUAUUCAAGUGACUAUUGAGAAAGAUUAUGACUCAAUUAUUGAUUGGGAAAUUCGUUUGAUUCGUGGAAUAAUCGAAGCUUUAGAUGAUAAAUCUGUUGAAAGUAUUGUUGUGCGUGAUGUUAAGCCAAAUAAGCAUAAUAAGAAUCUAUACACAUUUGUUUAUUCAAAUGACACACUACCAAAGGAUACAUGUCCAAAGGCUGAACUUGAUAAAUUGAUGUUACGAUUAACAAAGAAAGCCUUAUCAGAUGUAUUACAACCAGAAAUAACUGUACGUAAUGUUGAAAGAGAUCUAAUCAAUUCGUGUGCUGAAGUUAAUACACCUCGUCCACCUCCAUCACCGCCAAACACAAAGAACUUCCCACCAACAGUCCGUAAUGCAAUCGAUAAGAUAACUGCAACAAUUGGACAAUUAUUGGUAUUUGUAGUGCCUAAAGAUACAUUCUAUGAUCCAGAAGAUUUGACAGAAUUGAAAUUGACGUUGCUUAACGAAGACAGAUCACCAAUUGAUCCAUCUAAUUGGCUUCAAUUUGAUGCUAAGAAUCAAGAGUUUUAUGGUGUUCCCGGUGUACAUGAUAAGUCUCAACAAUAUGUUCUUGUUGCAGAAGAUAAGAAUGGGCUCACAACAAAUGAUGCACUUGUUGUAGAUGUUCAUAAUACUCAUUUUAAAAGCGAUUAUAGUGCAGCAUUCGAAUAUCAAUUAGAAAUAGGCAUGGAGCAAUUCCAAAAUCCAUCAAUGAAGCGUAAAUUUAUAGAACGUCUUCAACAAUACUUCCAUGAUUCAACAACUGAUUCAAUCGUUAUUAAGUCUGUUAAGAAAUUACAAUAUUUAGGACGAACAGCUGUGGUCGUACAAAAUACAACACUCCACCAUCCAAAAACCUGUCCAUCACAAGAUAUUCUUACUUUAAGAGAUCGUCUUGUUAGACAGGAUGGAAGUGUGAAAUCUAGUGUAAAAGAAGCGAUUGGAAAUGAAUUUAAUGUACAAAAAAUUACAGUCUCUCCAACAGGAAAAUGUACACUAGGGGAUACAUCUCAUCAUCAUGAAAUAGAAACAGGUCACGUUGAUCGACCCGAUGAGAAAGAAACACCAAUUAUAAAUCAAGAAGUACUUAUUACAUAUGUACUUCCUUCAGCAAUUAUAUUGUUGAUGCUUUUAAUUGCAUUGUUGAUUGCAUGCCUUUUAUAUAAACGUCGCAAUACCGGCAAAAUGGAGCUGGGCGAUGAAGAGGAGAGAAAGUCGUUUAGAACAAAGGGAAUACCUGUGAUAUUCCAAGAUGAAUUGGAUGAGAAACCUGAGAUAUUGACGAAAUCUCCCGUCAUUUUAAAGGAUGAGAAGCCCCCACUUUUACCUCAAUACAAUGGAAUGAGUCAAGAUGGCGAGGACGAAAAUGUCGAUCAAUAUAUUCCUCCACAACCACUUCUUAUGGGAAGUCGCGAGUCUCGUGGAAAAUCACCAGUUACACCUAGUUAUCGCAAACCUCCACCGUAUGUGUCACCAUAGAAAUAAAUCGACCAUUACGACUAUAUGAGAAAAUAAUUUUUAUACAUACAUAAUUAAAUUAUCUUUAAUUUUGGAAUUUGAAGCGAUUAAAGCAAAGAGAAAUGAGUCGCUUUAAACAUUAAUAAUGAGUAAAUUGUAGUCAUUUAUCAUCAUCGUUGAUAAACACAUAAGAGAAAGAAAAAAAAAUUGAUUUAAUCUUCCAUCCCAUCGUAAUAUGUAUAUUUAAGCUAUAUAUUUAGUGUGUACUUUCUAUUCAUUUUCCUCAUUUUUUUCUACGAACUUUUAGUUUUAUUUUAAUAACCUACACUAAAUUGUAUGGACCAUCUGUAGCAUGAAAAUCUUCUUCCUUCCUUCUAUCAACUUUUAUAAUGGUUAUAAUGUGAAGCAUUACUUAAAGUAAAGGAAUUAUACAAAUAAAAAUUGAAAUGGAAAUACAAUAAGUUAAAAUUUAACUAGACGAAAAUGAUAGAUAAAUUAAAUAUACAAAAUUAUACACAAGAAAUUUACACACAAAUCAAAUUUGCAAAUUUUUCGGGAAGUCAGUUUGACACUAGCUUCUGAUUAAAUUAAUACAAUUAAAAUUAACCAAAUUAUCGACAUUUUUGAAGGGCAUUUAUUGUAUUAUUGGCAAAUAGAAUGUUGCAGCUAAUGAAAUUUUGAAUUUCAUGCAAGUCUUUGAAACUUUUUGUACUUUUUUCUCUAAUUUUUACAUCAUCAUGUAAAUAUUUCAAAGUCGACUUUCGAACAAAGUUUUAUAUUUUCAUAAAGUUUAAGUUCUUAAUGAUUCAAGUUUCUAUAAUUAAUUAAUAUAAUAACUUUACUUUCCCAACUUUUUUUAAUUCUCACCCUUUUCAUAUUUCCUUCAUUAAAUAAUCAUUAUUAAACUGCCAUAUUAAAGAAUUAUACAUAAAUUUAAAGUAAUUUAUAUUGUAUAAGACUUAAUGAAUAAUUGAGUUAUUUUUCAAUUCAUUGAUUUUUUUUUUUUUUUGUACUGGAUUGACUUCAUUUUUCUCUUGGGUCAUUCACUGAUGAUGCUCAUAAGUGAAUGAUACCUUGCCAUAUUUUAUCAUUGAGAAAUUUUUACUUGAAUAAUUGCAAUCUCUAAACCAAACUUAGAAUAUAUGAAAGAUAAAUCUUCUACUUUGAUUGAUUUUUUUUAAACUUUUAAGAGAUUUUUUAAUAGAAACUUUGAUUCCUGCUUCAUGAACUUAUUUCUUAGAAAAUGAGUACACUUGAGCUGACUCAAAUUGAUUUUUAAAGUUUUAAUGCAAGUGAUUCCAACUAUUCUUUAUGAUAAAAUAUGGUUAAAAAUGAAAUAAAUCAUACCAUCAACCAAAUAAAUAAUCUGAAAAUUAAAAGUGUAAAGAAAAAUAAGAAUGUGAAAAAAAAAAUCAGAGUCAGAGUGUCACUGCCACAUGUGCAAAGAAAUUGAUUAGUAAGAAAUUGAAGAAAAAUUAUUGCAUUUAUUGCUUUUGGAAAGUUUGAGGAAUUGAACUGUAAAAUUUUUUUUCCUCAGAUGGAACAUUAAGAAAAAGUAAAGGACCCACGUUUCUCCCUAUGAGUAUGAUUUUGAUCCUAGAAUUUCUAAAACUACUGGAGCUUUUAUACAUACAUACUAUUAGUAAUCCUUGCUGUUGUCUCUAUCAAUAAUCUGAACAUUUCAGCUUCCCAAUAUACAUAUUUUAUGAUUUCAAUGAAACCAAGUGAAUUGUAUGUAGCACCAACUACACAAGCAAGUUUUAAUAAAUUUAGCUGUGGAUAAUUAAAUACCAUAGGAAUUGCUAUAGAGAACAUAUAAUAUAGUAUAAAACUAUCUAAAUUCAAAAGAUAUAUCAAAAUGAAACUUAUGAAAAUAAUGAUAAUAGAAAAUCAAAACUAGCACAGAGAUUUGGAAGCAUUGAUAGUCUCUGUGUAGGAGAUAGCUAUAUAAUAAUAUUUAAUAAUAGUAAAUACACCGUAAUUCUCAUCAUUUUUUACUCUGAAACAUAAAAAUAAAUAAAAUAAUGACGACAUAAUCAGGAGCAAAGUGAAAAUAAAUAAGAAAAAAACGAGCAAAAGUAUUAAUUUUUGAUAACAUUUUCGAGGACAAAAUACCAAAAUGAUUUUUUUAGGAGUCGAAUUUAUGAAAAGUCCAUUUUUCAUCAUCAACCGAAUUAAUCAUUUUUUUGUGACCCAAAUCAUAUUGCAUGUAAUAUUUUUAUAGUUAUAACAUAGCCAUAGAAAAAAAUGAGAAAUAUCACAAAGAAUCAUGAGGAUACAAUAAUGAAUGGAAUCUAAGCAAAAUCAUGGAUUUAAUUAAUUUAAGUGUAAAGUUUUAACUUUCAUUUUUAUAUCCAAUAUUCUUAAUAAUUUUUUAUAUAACUAUUAUGAAGAAAUGAAACUGAUAAAGAUAGUACUGUAUCUGCUAAACAAUUUGGCAAAGUUACUGAAAUUUCGUAUUUAAGUUAUUAGAGAAAAUAAAACAGCAACAAAAAAAAAUUAAUCGAUUAAUGAAUUCUUAACUUCAAAUUGAGAACUUCAAACCUCUCAAAACGGAUAAUAAGAUAUUCAUGUUGUUUGGCUUCUGGUAUAGGCUGCUGAUUGACGAAAAAGAAGAAUUAUUAUUAUUAUCAUGAAAAAUUGUAUUUAACUACU